UGUAGACUGUAGUCUGCCAGAGAAUGGUUUUAGAUUUUAGUGCCGCUUUUUCUCUCGUGGGUGCUGGAGUACACCACUUAGCGCUUGUCUUGUUGACGAAAAUAAUUUAUCCAUCUACCAUCUGUUCAAAUAUUGUGCAAGUUUUGAACAAGAAAUCGUUUAAAAACGUUACCCUUCGCACCCAAAUAUUAAAGACUGAAUUAUUUUCUUUGUUAUUUAAUUUUGUGCCUGUGUUGUGUUUUUUGUUUUUAAACCAGUGUUGUGAAUGGAUUUGUUGUAACGCGAUUAUGAAGGCGUGCGCCUCGCAAUAGAUCACAAUAAACAUGGUUCAAUGAUGUGAAAGCAAUGCUGCUGCAGCAGGCGACCCACUCGCCUGGUCCCAGCGGCACGGCCAGUCCUAAAACCAGACAGAACCCAAAUUUUCCCCGACUGAACAGCCCAGUACUAAGUGAUGGUAAAGGUAGCCUCAGAUUGGGUUCAAACAGUCCAAGUAUUGGCACCAGUAGUCCAAAGUUUGGUUAUUUGGGAGACAGCCCUAAUUUGGGUGCUAGUCCGAAGUAUGGAAGCCCAAAAUUGGGAGGAAGUCCAAAGGCUUUGGAAGACGAGGCGGCGUUAGAGAGUCUUCAAACUGAUCUGAAGGAAGGUUGGACUGUUCACACGGGAAGGGAUGGAAGACUUUAUUAUUGCAAUCACAUCACGAGAACAGCGAGUUGGCUGCCACCAUUGGAGAGCUGGUCCACCGGAGAUAGCCGUGGCGAGGAACAUGAGCUUCCGUAUGGAUGGGAGCAGGCUUUGGACAGUAGAGGGAAGCCGUAUUAUAUAAAUCACAUCAAUAAAACCACAACCUAUGUUGCGCCCGAGAGCAGAUCCAAUGAAACACCACCGGCUCCACGUGAUGUGGUACUGGAGAGGGAUCCUGAUCUUGGUUUCGGCUUCGUGGCAGGGUCUGAACGUCCUGUGCUCGUCAGAUUCGUUACUGACCACUCUCCUAGUGUUGGAAAGUUGGAACCCGGAGAUCAAAUCCUGUGCGUCAACGGCGAAGACGUCAGUUUGGCUGCCCGAGAGCACGUCAUAUCCGCCGUACGCGCCUGCACAGACAAAGUCACUUUACGGGUGUGCCAACCAGCUAGGAGUGGAAAUCCAGCACGGAGAUCAGCUUUUCUAUCAGCAGCUAAACGAGCCAGACUAAGGGCCCGCCCACCGAGAGUCCGUUUCGCGGAUUCAGUACAACUAAAUGGAGCGCCCAUGUAUCCUCCAUCUGCAUUCUCCCUAGGCGACCUAUGUUUGCCACCGAUGGCGAAUGUCCUAAAGGUGUUUUUAGAGAAUGGUCAAACCAAAUCCUUUAAGUACGACGCUACCACUUCAGUAGCUGACGUGGUGACUAGCUUGAAGGAUAAGCUCUGCAUCACUGCCGAAGAACAUUUUAGUCUCGUUGUGGAACACGUGAAGAGUCUCAGAAGGAACAAGCUGACGUUGUUGGAUCCGAAGGAAUCGUUGGCAAGGAUUGCAGCUCGCCCCGGCUCCCACAAGAUGCGUUGCCUCUACCGUAUCGUCUUUAUGCCGACUUCAGCAGCGGAAUUAGCCCAAAAAGAUCUUGCAGCACUUGACUAUCUAUACAUGCAGAGUUGCAACGACGUAGCCCAGGACAGAUUUGCACCAGAAUUGCAGCCCGAAGUCGCGUUGCGGUUGGCAGCUUUACAUAUACAUCAGCAUGCGCUGGCGCAUAACCUCUCACCGGCUAAACUCACUGUUAAGAGUGUGGAACGGGAAUUUGGAUUGGAACGCUUCGUAGCAUGCAGUCUCUUGGAGAGUAUGAAAAGGAAGGAGUUACGAAGACUUCUUGCUCACUUUCUUAAGCUGAACUCGCAGAUGACUGGUGGUCAGAGACAACUUACUCAGUUACAGGCGAAAUUGCAUUACUUGGACAUCGUGGGUGGGCUUCCAAGUUACGGCGCCAAAUGCUUUAGCAGCAGUCGACCUGAACGAGUGCUCCUGGUCUCACCGAGAUUUGGCCUCAGCCAAAUUGUCGGUAGAGGAAACUCUGUGCCACAAUCAAUAGCGUCUCUGCCAGAAGUGGAGAGCAUCCGGGUGAAAAGCGAAUACUCUGGAAGUGCCGAAGUGGGUAUCUUCUUGCAGAGGGACCGUGUCUUGGGGCUUCUCAUGGAUGAGAGGGACGCUGAGGAGAUGCCGCUCGUUAUAGCUGGGUACUACAAACUUGCAACUGGUAAAGAACUAAAUGUUGAACAGGAAAGAGAACAAAUUAAUGAAGAUAUAGCGCCUCCAUAUUUAUCGCAGCACAAUGUUGUCCCCACAAAAUGGAAUUAUCUCAAUUAUGAUGAUCCCCUUAUUCUCACGAAGAAGCACUUCGCUAUAUUCACAAUGCCUCCGCCAUACCAUUCCACUCCUGAACAAUCGAAAUCACUCGACACAAACAUGAAUUCAAACAUCACGAACAGAAACAGUAGCAAUAACUCCAGCCCCCUCAUGGGUAAUAAACCCAACGAUUUACAUUUCGAAAAGUGUAAACCGACCGACAGUUUUAGAUUAUUCGAUCCGAACGAUACAUGCUUCCUGGAUGACGGAAUGGGAUUCGAUCUCCAGAGCGUAUUGUCUAUGGAACUGUUGGAGAACGCCAACAACCCUCGACUCGUCGAAGCCAAAAACGAGGAAGUGCUGCGACGAGUGGCAGAAAUGCAGAAGCUAGUUGAAAAUUCAGAACAGUAUUUGACUGAAAACUGUGAUGUUUAUAAUGAAAACGGUACGUUAAGAGAUGAAUUAGUUGGUAGGGAAACGAGUGUAGAUCAAAUUGAAAGCGAUACUGAGUCGUGUAAUAGUAGAAUGUCCGCCGCCGAUGAUGCUCCUGGUAUUCUGAAACAUAGUGAUUCCUUAUUGUUACUCACUGAAACGAUUAAUCAGGGCUUAAGCGUACUUAGUGUACCUGAUAGUAAAAACACUGAUGAUUUAACUAGAAGACAGUCGCAAGGUCUCAGCGCCAUAUUAAAUAAUUGUGGUUUAACUGACGCUCUAUUAGCUCUGAAUAAUGAUAUGAUUUAUUCAGAAAGCGAUAAUGACUCAUCGUAUACCCCCACCAAUAGUCCCGUACGAAAGCAUCUCAAUAAACCAACCAAUAAGGCAGUGCGAACUAGUUUUGGUUUGAUGAGUCCCGAAGUAAGCAGCACCCAAGACAAUAAAGAACCGAAUUUAAAGGAAUAUUUAAAACAGCUCAGAGAAAAAAGUAAUAGAGAAGACAAUGCUUCUCAACUUCCAUUUUUCUACCAGGAAUCAAUCGACAACGAUGCCGAGCUUAUAGAUUUAACGUUGAUACCUCCACCCCAAACUCCCGACGAGUUAGACUGUGCUUCACAAGUGCCUCAAAUAUUGCCGGUUGUUCCGGCGUCGUUUGCUGACGAUAAGGAUUGUAUAGACGGUGGUACUUCAAAAACAAAUGAAUUAGAGGAAUUCAUUGCAACAGUGACAGUUCAGCCACCGACUGUUAAAGUAACACCAGCGAUAGAACUAACUCCUGAAGAAAUUAUGUCUUAUAUCAUUCCACCGCCGCCGACGAAUGCUUCGGAACGUGUCAGUUAUGUUAAUCACACUGAACUAAAGGAACAGAAGAAUGAACAAAAAGCUUCGAAAGAUGUCAAACCGUCUAAUGGCGAUGUAACAAAGGGAGCUUUGAGCGUUAGUGAGAUUAGGAAUAUGUUUUCAGUUAAAACAUUAAGCGACGCUAGAAAUAGUUUAUUGUUAAAGGAGAAGAGCAAGCAGUCGAAGUCAGAUUCACCGAAGGGGAAACGGAAAAGUAUUUCGGGAGAUAAGCAAGCCAAUGGGAACGCACAUAUUAUUGAAUAUCCCACAGUCGAAAGGAAAGGUAUGUUUUCAUGUUGCAGUAAAGAUAAAAGUAGAAACGAAGAUAGCGAUGAAACUGAACAAAUUGAUGGCCAAAUCCCUAAUUCUGAUUCUAUGCCUGAUGUUUGUGAAGUGAGACCACCUCCCAGAAGAAAAAGCACCGAAAUCAAAAAGGCUCCCGAAAGACCACCGAAAACCCCUCCGACGCCUGCUCCCCGACCUAGAUCCAAUUCCUUGACGUGCGUUAACAACGAGUUAACAGCAGUAGAGAUACCGAACAACCACUUUAGUACUUUGAACAAUAGAAAGUUAAACUAUAAAGUGGUCUGCGAUAUGAACGCGCCGCAACAAAGUCCGCCCCAAAUACCACCUAGAUUAGAAAACAAAGUAUUGUCCCCACCCCCUCCAAUAAUGUUACCGCCCAAAAAGCCCCCGUUGCCCCCCGUCCCCAGUAUAGAAGUUUUACGAAUGAAAACUUCCCAGAAACUAUCACCGGUUCGAAACGUGGAACGGCACGCGAGCAUCGGCUCACCACACUUUCAAAGGAACCUCAGCACUUACAGAACCCUCGAAAUGGAAAGUAGAUUGACAGACGAUGAACCCACGAUCCGAUCAACCCAAAACUACAGCUCGUUGACACUCCAAAACCGUCACGUGCGCUCAAACUCCGAAACAAAAAACACGAUUCUUAAAAAUAAAGAAAUGACGGCGCUAUCACUCUGUUCCCCUCAAAUGAAUAGGCGAUUCAGCAACCGACCUGACCUCCUAAAUGGCGCACCGUGCAGCGAUCAGCGAGUGUUCAGUCCACCUCUGGCGGAAAGAAAAACCUUUAGAAAAGAGAGUGCCAGUCCCACCCCGAAAACCCAGAACCAUGUGAGGUUUAAAGAUGAAGUAAAUGACGACAUUCCGACUCCUCCAUCGCCACCGACGGUCAUGUUUCCAGACUUCAGCGGUGGCAAUAACGGGCACGUAUCUAUUGAGAAUCUCUUGUGUAAAACUGAGGUUGCCGUUGACGGGUUGCUGCAACGGCUGCAUCAGGUGGCGCAGAAGUGUUCCCACCAACACGCCCAUGGCGGUGGUGAGGAUAUAGAUGAAGUUAAGUUUCAGCGUGCUCGCAGCGAGUUGACAUCGUGCGCUGUAUCUCUGGUCGGUACGUCCCGUACACUAGUAGGUGCGUUGGGUUCUGCCAGCGGACCCACUGCCGCCGCUUCCUUAGCGGACUGUUUAGCACCUCUGAGGAGAUUGGCUGAUCUUGCUCAGGCACUUGGUAGGCAUACAUCAUCACCGCUGCAAACACGUAAUUUAGUUCUCCGAGUUCACGAUGUGACGGCGGCCUUCAAAGACCUGGCAGGAGCUGAAAUGGCACAAAUAAUACACGAGCACAACGCUAAAGCCUCGCAGGGUCACGGACAAGAAAGCAGUUCCACCUUAGAAGGACAGUUGGCCUUACGCGCCGAGUGCCUCGCUAAUGUUCUGGCCACACUGCUCAGAAGCCUACGGGUAUUUUCACCGUAAGUGACAGCUGUCAAACGUCAUUUUGCGACAGCAGAUAAUAAAACCUUCGUGUAACAUUAAUUUAGAUUUUUUAUUACCGUUACUAAAAUGAGACCAAAUAAUAUAGGUUUAUUAUAAUUAUUGUAGGCAUUAUUUUCGUUAAGUUGUAUUGUAAAUUUUAACAUGUGUUAAUAUUGUUUACAUUAAUUUGUUUGGCCUAAUGGAUACAGCAAUACGUGUUUAAAUGUUUUUAGUAAAAUAGAGUAACGCUGUCUUCCGCGAUCAUCAUCACGUCGAUCCACCGGUAUUUAUCGUAGAUGUGUUACCAUAGUGAAUUAUGACCUGUAUUACAUAUCUAAAUAUAAUCUAUGAUGUAUAUUUUCUAAACUUUUAGCGCCGAACGGUGACAAACUAUCAUUCUGACUAUAUUGUAUUAUUUGAAUCCCAUUUGCUUUGAAAUUACAUCGUGCGAUGUGUUUAAGUAUUGGUGCUAUUUUAAGAUUUUGUUAUUGGCACGAAAUUCACCGAUCUUUUUUUAUGAUCAUCUGUCAAGUACAAUUUUUUACGCUUGCAACAUUUAUUUUACCACUAGUUAGCCAAAGACCUUACGAGUACCUUUACGUAUUUCUUGUUCAUUCCUUAUUCGUUAAUUAUCAUUAAAAGUAUUAUUACACUGAUUACAUAAUAUCGAAUAAGAAAAUCGUGUUAACGAUAAUAGUACUAAUGUAUUCCUUAUAAAAAUGCAAUAACAUCAAUGUUUAUAUAUUAUAUUUUGCGUUAAAUAUACCUAUAGUAUUAUAGAAUUAAAUAGAACCUGAUUUAAUUAGGUUUCUUUAAGAUCUAUGUGUGUGUUUAUUUGAGUUCUCUACUUUAAUGCAACGCCAUCUAGUGGCGAAAUCUGUUUGAAAUAUCAUUAUUUGAUUAUACUUUUUUUUAAUUGUAUUUAACGCAAAAUAAAGAUUAAAUAAUAUAAACGGUUAGUAAAGUUUACAAGGUAACGUAAUAUAUUACACCAAUUUAUUUAUUGUUUAAUAUCAUAAUGCUAUGCAUUUGAUGUAAUAA